GUCAAUGACCGAUCUACAGAAGAAAGGCUCGUAUCCCGUCGCCGAGGCUGGGCUGCAGUCCGUGUCCGACCUCGACGACGAUGACAAGGAGCUCGAGGCGCUCGGAUACGUCCCCAGCUUCAAGCGCGAGUUCAGCAACUUGGCCACGAUUAGUUUCGCGUUCAGUAUCAUGGGCCUAUGCAGUUCCGUGGCGACGACUUUCAAUACGCCGCUCUUACUGGGAGGACCCGCCAGCGCGGUGUGGUGUUGGCUGUUGGGGGCGUGCAUGUGCUUCACUCUAGGAGCCAGCAUCGCCGAGAUUGUCAGCGCCUUCCCAACUUGCGGUGGCCUAUACACCGCUACGGCGCAGCUCGUGCCCAUCAAACACCGUGCGAGGAUGGGUUGGUUCGUCGGAUGGCUCAACAUACUCGGUCAGGUGGCAGGCAUCUCCUCCACCGAAUUCGGCCUGUCAAACAUGAUUUGGGCGGCGGUCGUCGUUGCGAAGGGCGGGGACUACGAGAUCACGCAGGGCAAGGUCGUCGGCCUCUUCGUCGCGCUUCUCGUCCUGCACGGGAUCCUGAAUUCGUUCGCCACCCGCCACCUCGCGCGCUUCACCCAGGGCUUCGUAUUUGUCAACCUCGGCACGACCUUCCUGAUCAUCAUCUGCCUGCUGGCGAAGACGCCGAGGCACGAGAUGCACGCGGCCAAGUACGUGUUCGGCUCGGACGGGAUCGUGAACCAGACCGGGGGAUGGAACACCGGUAUCGCGUUCCUCUUCGGCCUUCUGAGCGUGCAAUGGACGAUGACGGACUACGACGCCACCGCCCAUAUCUCGGAAGAAGUCAGGCGGGCGGCCUACGCCGCCCCGAGCGCGAUCUUCAUCGCCGUGAUCGGCACCGGCACCAUCGGCUGGCUGCUCAACAUCGUCCUCGUCCUGUGCUCCGGUCCUCUCGAAAAUCUCCCGGGACCAUCUGGCUCGGCAUUCCUCGAGAUUAUGGCCAUGCGGAUUGGCAAGCCGGGCGCGCUCUUCCUCUGGACGUUCGUUUGCCUCACCGCCUUCUUCGUGGUCCAAACCGCGCUGCAAGCGUGCUCGCGGACCGUGUUCGCCUUCAGCCGCGACCACGGCCUACCCGACCGCGAAUACUUUGGCCACAACUCGAGCCUGACGCAGACCCCGCUCCGGGCGAUCUGGCUCACGACGUUCGUCUCGAUUCUCCCCGGCUUCCUCGAUUUCGCGAGCCCCGUCGCGGCCAACGCCAUCUUCUCGCUAUGCGCCAUCGCGUUGGACGGCUCGUACAUCAUCCCCAUCGCGCUACGAAGGAUCUACAGGAACCAUCCCGAAGUCCAGUUCAAGCCGGGCCCAUUCUACAUGGGCGAUGGACUACUGGGCUGGGCGGCGAACAUCAACUGCAUCCUCUGGACGUGCUUCAUCAUCGUCAUCUUCUCCCUGCCGAACGUGCGGCCCGUGACGAAGGACAACAUGAACUACGCGUCGGUCAUCACCCUCGGCGUCGUCAUCCUCUCCGGCUUCUGGUACAUGGUCGGGGGACAUCGCCACUACCACGGACCGCGGUCCAACCUCCAAGACCACGCCCACGACGCGAAAGCGAACGGAUCGAUCACGAAGGAGCCGGUGGACGACGCCGCAUGACGAAGUUGCCCUCCUCUCGAACACUACCCUUGCUCCAUGCGAGCCCAACAGUGCUUCAACAGUGCUACUGCCGAGUUCGGCGGUCGACGGUAUGAUAAACGGAAGUACGUUAUAUAUAUAUUGUCCCGGUUUAACGGGUCGGCAGACCGAUGAUUGUAAUGUCACCAUCUUGUCAUGUGCUAUAUAUUUGCCAUUCUGCUGGCGGC